AUGGAGACCAAGCCCGGGACGUGCGACAAGUACAGUUCGACGGGGCGCGGGGUCUGCGAGCGGAUGGCUCACGGGCGAGACUUCGAGCCGGAGUGGCACGUGCGGGAGGCGCUAGCGAGUCUGCUGUUGCAGUGUCAGGACCCCGAGCGCCACUGCAGGGCGCUCGACAUUGGCGCGAACAUCGGUUACAUGAGCGCGUUCAUGGCGUCCCUGAGCACCGAGGUCGUCGCGCUGGAGAUGCAGAGCGACCUGGCGAACCUCCUGCAGGAGACGGCGCGGAUGAACUGCUGGCAGGACCGGUUCACCGUGCUCAACGGCCUCGUCGCGCUCGACCCCGCGAUGGACGGCCAGAUGCAAGAGGUCGACUCCAAGUGGGGCUGGCGGCCGUACGGCGGCCACAGGCCCGACUCAUGGCACGUUCCGUUCAUCCUGUUGGACAACAUCGUCGACGGGAAGUCCUGGGACCUGAUCAAGAUGGACAUCGACUCGUUCGAGGGCGCCAUUCUCGUGCGGCUCGAGGAGAUGCUCUCGGCCGGGCGAAUCGAGGUCCGCUCGAUUCUCGUCGAGCUCAACCCCAUGCAGGCAGAGGACGCCGCCGCCGCGGAUCGCGCGCUCUACCGGCUCCAGCAGGUGCACGGGUACGACGUCUACCGCCUGAACAUGCACCUCGACCAGCGGUUCAUCAACCAGAAGGGCUGGGACGUCUACGCGCACUACCAGGAUGUCGGCGUCGACCAAAGGAUCUGGGAAGAGAUGUUCAGCGUGCGCCUCAUGCGCUACCUCCAGCGCGCGCGUCAGCUGCCGGACCCGGCGGACUGGAGCAAGGUCAGCGGUGUCACCGUGCCGGGCACCGACCUGCCGCCACAGCUCCUCCUCACCAAGGACAACCUCCUGGAAACGACGCGCCUCGAACACCCGUCCGUGAAGCGGUACCCCCCCAACGCCAAGCCGUACGAGAAGUACGCCCAGCAGAACAACGUGCGCUUGGGGCCGGAAGCCUGCCCGCCGUGGGCUCCGUGCAAGGACGACGUCGUCCUGGAGUGA